AUUCAACCUCGUGCAGGGUCUCUGUGAAUCUGGCUCUUCUUCCUUUUUUCCAAAAGUUAAUUGUCGCCUGUUGAAAUCAUGGGCCAGACUCUGUCAGAGCCUGUUGUCGAUAAGACUUCCUCAGAAGGCCAAGAUGAGUGCUGUAUAUAUGGCGUCUCCGCCAUGCAGGGCUGGCGCAUCAGCAUGGAAGAUGCCCACGCUGCCGUUCUAGAUCUCCAAGCGAAACAAUCAGGCUCUAACGACCAACCGACCGAUCCCGACAGGCGCCUUGCUUUCUUCGGAGUAUACGAUGGCCACGGUGGAGACAAAGUUGCUCUGUUCGCGGGGGAGAAUGUCCAUAAGAUUGUCGCGAAGCAGGAGACCUUUUUAAAAGGCGAUAUUGAACAGGCCCUGAAGGAUGGAUUUCUCGCUACUGAUCGGGCUAUCCUAGAAGAUCCUAAGUAUGAGGAGGAAGUUUCCGGCUGCACUGCCGCUGUCAGUAUCAUCUCGAAGAAAAAGAUCUGGGUGGCAAAUGCUGGUGAUUCACGUUCCGUUUUGGGUGUCAAGGGUCGUGCAAAGCCUCUCUCGUUUGACCACAAGCCACAGAAUGAAGGCGAGAAGGCUCGUAUCAGCGCUGCGGGCGGCUUCGUCGACUUUGGCCGGGUUAAUGGCAACCUCGCCCUGUCGCGUGCCAUUGGAGAUUUUGAGUUUAAGAAGAGCCCUGAACUAUCGCCUGAACAGCAGAUCGUUACUGCCUACCCAGACGUUACAGUCCACGAGCUCACGGAGGACGAUGAAUUCUUAGUAAUCGCUUGCGAUGGAAUCUGGGAUUGCCAGUCUUCCCAAGCCGUGGUCGAAUUCGUUCGCCGCGGUAUCGCGGCCAAGCAGGAUCUCUAUCGGAUUUGUGAAAACAUGAUGGACAACUGUCUCGCUUCCAACAGUGAGACUGGUGGAGUUGGCUGUGACAACAUGACAAUGGUCAUUAUAGGUCUCCUCAAUGGAAAAACUAAGGAAGAGUGGUACAACCAGAUCGCGGAGCGGGUUGCUAACGGCGACGGCCCUUGUGCUCCGCCCGAAUACGCUGAAUUCCGAGGACCUGGAAUCCAUAACCAUUUUGAAGAGAACCCGGACGAGUACGAGAUCGACCACGAUCGCUCCCGCCCAUUCAACAAUGACGAGGAACUCUUUGACCAAACCGGGGAGGAGAAUCACCCAGACCAAGUGCAACGCCAGAAUACCGACACAGAAAGAAAUGACCGUGAAGGGACGCCUGGGCCUCAAUCCGCGGCUCCCCAGACGAACACGUCCGCUUCGGAUGGCUCAGAGCCUUCUAACACACCGCAGAAACCCGCCUCUUCGUAGCUUCGUCAUGAGAUUUACGCCUGAUUCCCUUCAUUUUGGUUCCUGAAACGACUCGUGAUUUCACGAUCCACACCCGCCGCCCCAUCUCCACGCCCGGUGCCGAAGCCUCACAAUUCUGCCCCCAUACGGUCGCUCAUUGAUUUUCUGUUUCUCACGAUUUGAAGGCGCAUUGGUGCUUGUGACCGCGAAGAUGCGAAAGAGACGGACCAUAUCAUCCCCUUCUAUCUCUUGUUUUAAUCCCAUCUUCUUACUUUUUACGAGCUCAUCCAGAUCAAAUCACCUUCGUGUUACUCCAGGAUGGAUAUCUUUGAGAAUUCGCCGAAUGGGUGGAGGCAUCUUCUUUCCCUGUCAUCUUUCUUCUCUAUGUUUGCACAUGCCGCAAGCGGCAGGCCUCACGAGAGUACGUUUGUUUCAUGUCUCGACAUAAGAUACCGCAACAACCACUAUUGACGAACUUUAUAACUUCCAUGAUUCCAUUCACGUUUGACAUUUUCCACAUUCCUCGCCUCCAGUUCGUCUUUACUCGAUAUGGCUCUUUCCGUUGUCCACGGCCGCCAGGAUUGUUCCUUUGCGGCCAGUUCACGAGCUCGCAGUGGCUUGGAGGGGUUAAGGGCAUAUUUACCAUCUUGCACUUCUGUCGGCGAAAGGAGUUCUAGGAACGUGAUGGGGGACUGUGGUUUCUCACCGUAUGCAGAUAGAAUCUGUUGUAAAUAUCUGGCCUCAUUCCUUGCUCUAAAUUUACCCGGAGCCUCU